GCCGCAAAUGUUUGUGGGGGAAGGGCAUUUCGGCACUGUGGUUGGCCACUCCUUUCUUCCUGCCCGAUUGCAAAUCCAUCAGCCCUCGUCCUCUCCCCGGAUCUCACUCAUCCUGCAGCAGCACGCACCCGCCGACCACAGGCUCCAAGAUCUGGCCACGACCCCCAUCAUCGAUAUGCAGACUCUUGCCCGGCUCUCAAGGAAUCGCUUGCGGCCCGCCAUCCCGGCACAGCGGCGCAACCAUGCCAGCGUUCCGUUGGCUCGACAGGCCGCUCGACUGAAGAUCGCCCAAAUCGAUAAGAACGAUCCGUAUCACGAUCCUCUGACCGAUACCUUUGGACGCAAGCACACCUAUCUGCGCAUUUCACUCACGGAAAAGUGCAAUCUUCGAUGUGUAUACUGCAUGCCCGAGGAAGGCGUCUCGCUCACGCCCAAGCCCGAGCUUCUGACCACCCCAGAGAUCCUGAGACUGGCUCGGCUAUUUGUCGACGAGGGCGUCACCAAGAUCCGCCUCACGGGCGGGGAACCAACUGUCCGCAAAGAUCUGAUGAGUGUUGUUGACGGCCUGAAUCGCAUGCGUCCGUUUGGGCUCUCCACCAUCUCCAUGACCACAAACGGCCUGGCCCUGCAUCGCAAGCUCCCAGAGCUGAAGGAACGGGGUCUCGAUCAGAUCAACAUCAGCCUGGACACCCUGGAUCCUUUCCAAUUCGAGCUCCUGACACGCCGCCGGGGAUUCGAGAAUGUUCUCAAGUCCAUUGACGAGGCCGUGCGUCUUGGCUUUGAGGUCAAGAUCAACGCUGUGAUCAUCCGCGGCAUGAACGACCACCAGCUGGAGCCGCUCGUUGGCUACACUCGUGAUCACAACGUAUAUGUUCGCUUCAUCGAGUACAUGCCCUUCGAUGGAAACAAGUGGAAUCAUGACAAGUUCGUCUCGUACAAGGACAUGUUGCAAGCCAUUACGAAGUCAUAUCCCGACAUCGCCAAGGGCACCGAUGAUCCCCACGACACGUCCAAGUCCUACAGGGUCAGCGGAUUCUCGGGUCGGUUCGGGUUCAUCACGUCCAUGAGUGACCAUUUCUGCGGCACAUGCAAUCGUCUGCGACUCCUUGCUGAUGGGAAUAUGAAGGUCUGCCUCUUCGGGAAUGCCGAAGUGAAUCUGCGCGACAUGGUCCGACAGGGCUGUUCCGAUGAGGAGCUGCUGCAGCUGAUUGGCGCUGCCGUUGGCCGCAAAAAGAAGCAGCAUGCAGCAUCCCGACCCAGUCACUCGCAUCUAUCUCUGGAAGCGCCGACCUCAGUCGCGACUCGUACUCCGCCACCAGAGUCCCGAACUGAAAUGCAUAUCCAUACGGACUUCACCGCAAUUCGCGCGAAACACAUGCCUUCAUCCACGGCGAUUGGUCUCUGUCGCCCACUCGUCUUUGCUGCCGGGCGGUCCCCAUAUACCCUUCACUCUGCGCGUCUGUUCAGCACCAAGAACGAACAGCUCACCCACACCGACGCCGAGACAGGCAAAGCCAGGAUGGUCGACGUUUCCGAGAAGAACAUCACCCGCCGCACAGCUCGAGCGGUUGCCCGGGUGCAGCUGAGCCCCGAGGCCUUCCGACUUGUCGAGCAGAACCAAAUCCAGAAGGGCGACGUCCUUGGGGUGGCCUCUCUGGCAGGCAUCCAGGCCGCCAAGCAAACAGGGCACCUGAUUCCCCUAUGUCACCCGCUUUUGCUGAACAGCGUCCGGGUCAACACCCUUUUGGAUGCGGAGAAGCACCAGGUUCUCCUGGAGGCUCUGGUCAAGUGCGACGGCAAGACCGGCGUCGAGAUGGAGGCCCUGGUGGCGGUCAGCAUCGCCGCGUGCACCGUCUACGACAUGGUCAAGGCUGUCGAUCGUGGCGCGGCAAUCGUCGAGGCUCGAGUCAUCGACAAGUCUGGAGGGAAGAGCGGAGACUGGUCGCAUGAGGGAUAGUUGGCCGAGGGCGGGUUUGAAUGGAGAGCAAAUACAUCACGGUUUUUUUGGACAGCAUUUCAUUGCUGCGACACCCGACACCGAUUAUACUCUUUGCGGUCCAGUUUCACAUCGCACCCUACAUUGGCAUGCGGGGCCCGCAAUAUCCAAAGAAAACAUGAAGAAACAAAGGCGGGAAAGGGGCGAGUUACUGUCUAUCCAAUAAAAAAACGGGACAUCCAUGAUUUUGACCACUG